AUCCCUUACUAAGAGGCGUACACCACCUUCGCGUCUAAUAAUACGCCAUCUUGCGUCAUCCUUACUUAGUAGAGACGUUUUAGAACGCUGGGUUUCUAGAUGGAAUCUCGGCGUUAUAAGGCUAAUUUAGCAACUAAGUAUAGGUUGUACUUUAAGCUGUUACAUAAUAAGAUAAAGGAGUAUAAUAUACAGCCCUCUUAUAUCUUUAAUAUAGAUAAAAAGGGCUUCUUACUUAGAAUCUUUAGAAGGUCUGAAAAGAUCUUUAGUAAGAGGCAAUAUAAAAGAGGAGGAGUUAUUUUAAGCUUACAAGAUGGCUCUAGAGAGUGGAUUAUAGUCCUAGCCUGUAUCUGCUUAGAUGGUACACCUCUUUCUCUAUCUUUUAUCUUUUAGUCAGAUGCUAGAGCUCUAAAAUCAGCCUAGGUAGAGGCUAUUAUUCUAAACAAGCACUUAGUCUUUAUUACCUCAUCGCCCUCUAGAUGGACUAAUAAUAA